AUAGAGAUUUAAAUGCCUCCUGACCUAAAUUUAGUCAUUCUUGUAGUUAAAUUUUCUGUCUUUGGUAAGCUCCUCCUUUUUCCCAGUCCCUUCCUUAUAGUCAAAUGUUACUUUUUCAAAAAAAAAAGAAAUGGUAUUUUAAGCAAAUACAUAGAAUUUUAUAUAGUUUUCUCCUCCACCUAGUCUAUUAUCACAUUACUUUUCUAGGGUAAAUACUGAAGACCAUUCCCAACAUGCUGCAUCUUUUAAGAUGCUACAAUGCAGUUUGUUUCCUCAAAACCUACUUUUUUUCCUCAAAACCUACUUUACCUGAUUUUUGUUGCCAUAGAUCCAUAUUUAAUACUCCUGCAACAUUCACCUUUCUUGUGUCUUUUUUAGUUUCAUCUUAAUUCCUUGAAGUUUGUUUACUUUAGUAAACUACUUAGUCAGGUCUCCUUGUAUAAAGCCGGUGAAAUUUGUAUAUCGCUGCUAUGGAGAGUUGUGUUAGAGUGAUAAGGAACUGGAUGCACAAAAAUCGACAUCUUGAUGAGUGAGACUAAAACUGAGUUUCUGUUGAUUGGAACGAAGCAGCAGCUUGCUGAAGUCAAUGUAGAUCAUGUGAAAGUCAGUAAUGCAGAUAUAGUCCCACAGUCACCAGUCAAAAAUCUCGGAGUGUGGUUAGAUUUGAAUCUGUCAAUGGUAUAAUUAUAGAGCAUAAUAAUUAUUAAGGCUAGUUCCAUGGCAUUUUUUCAUUUAAAUAACAUUCAUAGAAUUAGAAAAUAUCUUUCCAGGGAAAACAAGGAAACCCUGAUUCAUGUUUUUGUGUCUAGCAGAAUUGAUUAUUGUAACAGUGUACUGUAUGGAGUGCCUAACUGCCACCUACAUAAGUUGCAGCAGACUAAACUUUUGGAGGAGUUUCCUCAUGAAAGCGGUGUCAAAGAUCCUUCAAAGAGGAUUUUACCAUUUUUGCCAGGUAAAAUUAUAUUUGGAAGAAGUCAUGUGCGAGAUGUAGCAUUACGCAGAAAGGAACCCAUUGGUGAAUACUGUAAGGAUCUAAUCUCACUACCAGCCAAGAUAUCUACCAGUGACACUGUACUGAAGUUCUUUGAACCACAAUCAGAAGACAUAGACCUUCCACCUAAGGAGAAAGACAAGAAAAAAAAAGAAAAAGAUUCAGCUGACCACAUAAGUGGACCAGUUAUGCUGGAACAGUAUGUGGCCAUUGCAGAUUAUAAAAAGCAGAACAGAAACGAAGUUAACAUGGUUGCGGGAGAUAUGGUUGAAGUUAUUGACAAGAAUGAAAAUGGUUGGUGGUUUGUUAAUGUAGAUGAAGAACAGGGUUGGGUUCCAGCAGCUUAUCUUGAGCGCGAGGAUGGCAGCUCAGAUGAGGCUACCAAUCAAUUAGUGACUGCAUCAGAAGAGAGAAUGAUUACAACAACAACCUACAAAGCAGAACUCGAUGAUGAAAUUUCAUUUGAAAUUGGCGUUUUAGUGACAGUAUUAGAGAAGAAUUUUGAUGGAUGGUGGCUUAUUCGGUAUCAGGAUCGCGAGGGUUGGGCGCCAGCCAUGUACCUCAAGAAAGCCGAUCCUUCUCAGCUUGAAGCCAUUCGACAUGGCUCAGAGUCUUUGGCGAGAGAGAAAGCUGCAAGUGUGGCGAGUGGUGUACAGAAUAUUUCCAAACUUCAUGGCUCAAACAAAACAGGAACAAAAGGUCGGAAGGUACCUCCAAGAAAGGCUUCAGUCAAAAGUUCGAUGAAAAAGUUGCCAGUUCACAUCACAAACAUGUCGUAUGAGAAAACUAUGGCUAUAGGCGAUUCACCUUCUCCAAAAUCUCCAGAAGUAGAAUAUUUCACCGUGAACGACUUCCGUUCACUGGGCAUAGAGGGAGCGUUAAACUUUACUGAAGGAGUAUCUGUGGAGGUCGUCGAGAAAGCUCCAAAUGGAUGGUGGCUGGGAAAAAUCGGUGGAGUAGAGGGUUGGAUACCAUCCUCAUACCUGGGGAAAAGAUUGCUGGAGAAACAACGUGAUCUUACAAGACGAACCAAUAGAGCAGAGUCUUCAAAUACCUCAAUAGACAUUCCUACAUCCUCCCCGUGUAUCCGAGAAAAAAAUCCAGAGGUUAGCGCUAUAUUUGUCACAUUAGCAGAUUAUAAUGACACUUUUGAAGGUAGCAUAUCCUUCAAAGAAGGGCAAACAGCACAGUUAAUUGAACAAAAUCCGGAUGGAUGGUCAUUUGUGAGAAUCCAAGGCAAAGAGGGUUGGGCACCAACGAGUUAUCUUGUUUCAAGUACGGGAAAAAAGUCUGCAACUCUUACUCGACCAGUCGCCCCGGUUAGUGCAAAGGCGGUUGUAAAGCAUAUACCGAACAUUGUGUCAUCUCAGUCAGGGAAGGCUGUAAGUCAUGCUCAGACGCAGCGAAGCAAGCCAUUACCAGUUCCUGUUAAAGAUGCUACAAAAUCAGCUGGGUCUUCAUCAAAUUCAGUUCCUAACAAACCUGAUAUUCCGGCCAAACCUCAGGCUAAAACACGUUCGAAGAUUUUGCUUCAAGAGGUUCCAGUGAAACCAUCGAUUACGAAACCACCUAUUGUUUCUGUGGAACAGAAAAUCCUCUGCAAAGCCGUAGAAUCUUUCUCCUCUGAAAAUGGCGAAGGUUUAUCAUUUUUUAAGGGGGACGAAUUUGAAUUCGUAGAAGAUUCCAAUAAUGGCUGGUGGUUGGUCAAGACAAAGAGUGGAAAGGAAGGUUGGGUACCAGCAUCUUAUCUAGAAAAGGUGAAUAAAAAACCAGUAGCACCCAGCAGACCGGCGAAACCAAACCCUCCAAAGAAGGCACAACAUCGAGACACAAAGACUGUUUAUGUAGCUAUGGCAGCGUACGCCGAUGAAGGGGAUCAAGAUUGUAUCAGCUUUAAAGAAGGCGAUCGCAUGGAAGUGCUUGAGAUGGAUGAGGGAGGCUGGUGGUUAGUUAAGAUUGGGGGAAAGUCGGGUUGGGCGCCCUCAAAUUUUUUGAAACCUUUGGAAUGAACUGAAUUCAGAAUACCAAUGACUUAAAACUGGUUACAAGGUGUAGCAUUGAUUGUUUUCACAGCAUGGAGUGUUUGCACCUUGCUUGCUUACUUAUCCGCUUAACUAGCGAGAGGUUUAUCAGUGUCUUUUUCACGUUAUUAGAUAAUUUCGACUCAUUUAGUGAUCCAGUAUCUCGUGGUGGGUUUAAAAUUUAAUGAUGACAUAAUGCUUUCUCUUUUGAAGAGUUUGCGGAAUUAUUGACUUCUUAUCUGUUGAACUCAAAUGAUAGAAGGAAUAACAGCAAUAAACUCGUUUCUUUAAGAUGGCGACAAGGUAAGAGAAAUAUCUAGAAAUAAUUUAAUUGAGUUAGAGAGAUCCCGUAUCUGGCAAAACAUGAAUGGUCAAUGUGUUAUGAAAUUUUAAACUUUCAGUCUUAAAUGGCCUCUCUGUAUACGAGCCUGGGUUGAUUUGUACCACGGGUGUAUCACCGUAAAGGUGGUUGAAGUCGUCAACUUUACGCGAACCCGAGUAAGUGUAAAGAGACUUCAAGUUCUCUCUACCCUCUAAAUAACAAAAAUGAAAGUUAGCAUUUUUUAAAAAAUAGAUUUUAAGAAAAUUACAGAUGUCAAAGGAA